GCCGGGCGCCAUUUUGUUUUGGCGCGAAGCGAGGCAGGCGUGAGGCGGGGAGUUCCGGGGGAGGAUUUUUGAGGGAAAAUUUGAGGGUUUGGGGGUUUUUCAGCCCCGCAAAGCCAUGGCUCUCCGCCGCUCCCCCCGGCUCCGUGCCUCGGGCUCCUCCUCGGGAUCCUCCGGCCGCGUUUCGGGCUCGGCCGCUCGGAGCAGCUCCCCCGGCAGCCCGGAAUUCUCGGAGGACUCCGACUCCGGCAGCGACUUCGAGGCCUCUCUGCGCCCCCGGAGCAAGCGGGGCCCGCCCCGAGGAGCCCGCGGGAGCCGCGCCCCGAAGCGCUCGCGGCUCUCUGGCGGCGAUGGGAAGACCCUGGAGCAGAAUUCCCUCUUCGAGGCCGUUUUUUCGGGAAAAGUGGCCACGGAGCCCCUGGUGGACGAGUGGCUGGAGUGGUACCGGCGGGACCGGGAGGGAGCGUUCCUGGAGCUGCUGAACUUCACCGUGCGCUCCUGCGGCUGCCGCGGCACGGUGACCCCGCAGAUGUUCCGGGAGCUGCAGAACUCCGAGAUCAUCCGGAGGCUCACGGAGACCUUCCAGGAGGACUCCCCCGAGUACCCGUUCUCGCGGCGCUCCCAGCCCUGGCGCCGGUUCCGGGCCGGUUUCUCGGAGCUGCUGGCCGUGCUGGUUCUGGGUGGAUUUGUGGUGGAUUUUUGGUGGAUUUAUGUGCAUUUUUGGUGUUUUUAG